AUGGCCGAGAUCAUUUUGUAUGACUUGGCCUGCACCAAGAAUGUCUGCUUCUCCCCCGUUGUCUGGCGCAUCCGCCUCAUGCUAAACUACAAGCGUAUUCCUUACCGGACCAUCUUCCUCGAAUUUCCAGACAUUGAGCCCACGCUGAAAGGGCUUGGUAUAUUACCGAGCGAAUCCACCUCUACAUCCAAACCCAAAUACACAGUCCCCGCCAUCCAGCACGUGCCAACCAACACAUAUAUAAUGGACUCAGCCUCCAUCGCCCACUUCCUCGAGUCAACCUACCUCGACCCACCAGUCCCGCUAACAUCGGAGCUAGGCCGCGAGAUCGAGGCUAAAUCACGCGCCGUGGUCGGCCCAAUCUUCUUCACCUCGGUGAUGCCCCGCGAGAUAGGCAUCCUAUCGCCGCGCGCGCAGGAGUACUUCCGGCGUACCCGUGAGGCCUCGCUUGGGCAUCGGCUUGAGGAUUUACUUGAUCUGGAUAAAGAGGAGCAGAGUUGGGACGCGGUAGAGGAUGACGUGCGUGCUGUUGGCGAGUUGAUGCAGAUGAAUAGAGCUGACGGGCCAUUUUUGCUGGGCGCCCGGCCGACUUACACGGACUUUUUUAUUGCGGGGUCUCUUCAGUCUGCGAGGGUGGUGGAGGAGAGUGUGUUUCGGAGAUUUUUUGGGUACCCUGGUUAUAGGGAGGUUUAUGAGGCUUGUCUGCCGUAUAUGGAGAAGAAGGAUUAA